AUGCGCAAAUUGCAACGGCUAGUUUUAAGACGUUUCACAUUAGACCUUACAAAUAAACGUCUAUUGUCUGUAACCAAUAUGGACUUAUGGAAUACAAUUUGCUGUGUGGUCGUGCCAGCAAGUCCUACAUUAAAAUUAUUCAACGCUACUAGCACAUCGCUCUCCGUACUACCGUCGCAGCUCACUAUUAUAUCAGGAACGAUAUUAUCCACCGUGAUUUUGACCAUCACCUCUACCCAGAUCAAUACGUUUGCCCGUAAACGUGAGACAAGUCUGUUGACAGGAUCAACAGAAAAAUCCAGUAGCAAGUCAAAUACUUGA